ACCUUCCUUACAUUUAACAAUACCUCCUUAUCAAGAGAACUCCGCUCCCCAUAUCUCGACCCUUUGUUCGUCUACUAGUACGGAGUACUACAUACAACGUUACAUACACUACGAUCGGCUAUCCUUUCCUACCAAAUCAGUCGGCUACAUACUUUCGACCCUGCCGCGCCCACUACUACUAGUACAUAUUAUCACUUGAGUGUCUACAUCUCGGCUCACCCAAGUGUUAAAUUGAAUCCUCGCCGUGUAAACCGCACCCGAGAGCCAAGGAGUAGUCCUUUCGGCGGCAGAUGCUAAGAGCAUCCAGCCAACAUGCCUGGAAUUCUUCCGAUGAAAGUGAUCAAGGUCGGCAACGGCGCCCAAAGUCGUAUCGCCCAGGCCUGUGAUCGAUGCAGAAGCAAGAAGAUUCGCUGUGAUGGUAUCCGUCCAUGCUGUACGCAAUGCGCCAAUGUCGGUUUCGAAUGUAAGACGAGCGACAAACUCAGUCGCCGCGCUUUCCCCCGUGGAUACACCGAGUCGUUGGAGGAACGAGUACGAGCUUUGGAGGCGGAAGUGAGGGAUCUGAAGAACUUGUUAGAUGAAAAAGAUGAGAAGAUCGACGUACUAUCUCGGAUACAUUCUUUCUCUCCCUCUUCACAACAAAGGGCGACUGCCUCUGUCCGGUCGCCGUCUGAGUCGGUCAAGUCAGGCGUGCCCGACACGAAUGAAGGCGUCAUUCAGGUCCAGGAACCGUUAUCGUUAGGUGAAUCAUCCGAUGUCGAAUUCGGAAUUGCAAAUAUUCGUGGUUAUAGUGGCGUCUUCACAACUAGACUCAUGGAUCAGGGCCGAUUGCCACCGAAUGUCUCGACUAAGGCUCUAACAACCUCACCUGCCCCAAUUUCAGCCUCUCGUACGGACCAGGUCAUCAAGACCGCGCCGCGACUUGUGUCUGAUCAACUGAUUAAUAUUUUCUUCCAAGAGUGGGCUCCUCUUUACCCGGUUGUUCACAGGCCCACUAUCCUUAAAGCCUACGAGCAGUACCUGUCAAAUACAGACACGCUGCAAGGUAGUAGACAUGAUAUGGCGCAGUUGAACUUGAUAUUUGGCAUUGCAGCUCUUACGUCAACUACGAGAACCAACCAGGACCCAACAUUCUUCGAGAAUAAUUGGUCUCCAGUCCUCGAAUCGCUCUCAGGCGAUGUAUCUGUCUCAACCCUACAAUGCUACGUUUUGGCUCAGAUGUACUGCAUGACCAAGGGUGACUAUACCGGCCUUCUACGCUACCGUGGCUCUGCCGUCAGUCUUUGCCAUCAGCUCAGACUCCACCAGAGUCAGAAACGCUUCUCUUCCAACGCUCUGAUUGCUGAGACACGGAAAAAGGUGUUUUGGUGCCAAUAUGUGGUCGACCGCUUCGCUGCUGCUUUAACUGGAUUGCCUGUUUUACUGCGCGAGGGAGAUAUCCGUACAGAAUAUCCGGAGGAUAUUGAUGAUGAGAAUGUCACCGAAACAGGUUUCCUGCCUACCCUUCCUGGCGAGUCUACUCGCAUCUCUAGCGCGAUCGCGUUGUUUGCGGCAUGCAGAAUUUUGAACAAGGCUUUGGAAGAUCUGUAUCCCUCUGAUGGAGGGUACGAAAUUCCCAUCUCCAAAUUGCGUUUGGUUGCAGGACAACUAGACGGAUGGGUGAAGACCUUACCUCCUCACCUCCGUUUAGAAUUCUCGCAGGAUAAGCCUAGCACGAAUGUUACAAGUAGCCGGUCGCCACUUUUGUCUCUUGUUUACUAUUUUAUCCGUUCAUUAAUCCAUCGCCCGGCUGUCUGCUUCGGCGAGGAACAGAUCCGUUCUUCGUCUGCGCUCGCCGUCUCUGAUUGCAGCAAGCGCAUCAUUCAAAUUCUUCAACUCCUCGAUGAGAGGCGCCUUUGCCUUUCGCUCAGCAUCAACCGAAGCGAGUUGGUUUUCUCUUCCGGUCUCGGGCUUCUGUGGCAAAGUAUCGGCCUCAAACGAGACAGCAAGCUUAUCAAGGAAAGCCAGAAGCUGCUUACUGCGAUCAUUGAUCAAUUGGAAUCGGAGUCCCCGGUUGCUGCCGCAGAAUUCAGUACGCUGGCUAAUGCGCUGGUCUCACUGGAUGGUGGCAAGCGUGCAACAUCCGAUAAGCCCCGUGAAAUGUCACCCCCUGAACAGAAGUCAUCAAGAUCUCCUAAAAAGCAACUGCAAGCCUUGAAGGCCCGCUUGGCUGCUAGCGCCGGCUUCGGCCAGCCCGCAAAGCCAGACUCGCCAUCACGCAGGAAUACCAUCUCCGGCGCCAGCCCUCAUAUUGCCCAGCGUCAGAUACGGUCUUCUAGUUGGGCCAGCCUUCCUACCCCUGAAAACCUGCGCUUGCCGGGAGACAAGAUGUACUACCCGUCUCAUCCUUUGGGAUACGAUCAAGGCCAUAUGCUUUCCAGCUCUGUACCCUCAGAGGCUGCCCACGGAGCUAUCACGAUGUCUGAUUGGGAGUUCGUUCUCAGUGAUAUGGACCGAGGUUAUUCUAACAUUUUCACCGGAAUCUAUGGUGGCAAAGAAUGUGGUGACGACUCUGGACCUUUCGCAUCCCUGACGGCCGAAUAUGCGCCUAAGCCCGACUCAAUGACAGCACCGCUGCCGGGAUCCCACAGUGACCUCCAGGGGCUGUCCCCCGAAGCUUGGUCUUCUAGCAGCAAUAGCGAUGUGGCCCCCACUCGGGAGAUGGCGGCCCAGAGCGUCCUGAGUUACUCGGAUGAAAGCAUGGGCAGUACGGAAGAGGCGGUACCCUACAACGACCUCCGGUUGUCCCCGGAAGAGCAAGCCAGUCUAUUGGAUCCCUUCCGGGGCGUUGUGAUUCCGGCUACGGAGGACGAGGUCACUGAGUUUGGGCUGAUGAACGGGUGGGAUCGGCGGCUGGCCGUCUGAUUUGCUUUCAACCAUAUACAUCGUCGUUUUGGCUUAUGGAGUUGCAUAUCGCUUGAUUAGAGUUGUUUGGGUGGCGUACGCACAGAUGUUUCCCCUUGAUACCUGGAGAUUUUUAUGGAGUUAUGGGAUAUCUAUGUAUGGUAUGAUAAGGCUUACCCACGAGAUGUCGUUUGUAACGAGGCACUGGUGAGAUGCUUUUUAAUGUUUGAUAUAUGGUUCGUCUUUGAAUGAUUCUGUUACGUACAGUGCGUCGCUUGCCAUGUAUCCGCCAGCCGGUUUUGUUUAGAGUGAAUAAUGAACGUGAUGCGCAUUGAUAUCGUGCCUUACGGUAAACCUUCCUGUUGGAGGCCGUCGCUAAGGAUUGAAUGCGGGGUUGUCCAAGAUCUUUAAGUUGCUGUAGCCUGUCGCAUAUGGAAACGCGACGUGCCG